AUGGAAGAGUGGGGUCGUGCUCCUUGCAGAACGGCCCGUGCUGCAAGGAGAACGGCCCAUUCUCCGUUCAGAACCAGUCGUUCCGUAGUUUGGGUCAGAAGAAGGCUAUCCCUCACCGAGUACACCCUCUCGCUCCUCCCCGCCGCCACCGUCGCCACCGGAACCUCCGCCUUCGUGGACGCCGCCAGCGGCCGCAACCUGACGUACUCGCUGUUCCUCCGGCAAGUAAAAUCCCUGGCCUCCUCACUACAAUCGCUGACUCCUCUGUCGAAAGGCCACGUGGCGCUAAUCCUCACCCCAUCCUCGCUGCACGUGCCUGUACUCUACUUUGCCCUCUUAUCUAUCGGCGUAAUCGUCGCGCCGGCUAACCCCCUCAGUUCCCCCUCCGAGUUGACUCACCUGGUGCGACUCGCCAAACCCGUUAUCGCCUUUGCCACGUCAGCCAUCACACCCAACAUUCCCUCCCUCCGAUUCGGCACCCUCCUCAUGGACUCGCCCCUCUUCGAUUCCAUGCUCCACAACCGUAACGUGGAGGCGCCUAAUAAAGUGGAGCUGAGUCAGUUCGACACGGCGGCGAUUUUGUUUUCCUCCGGCACGACGGGGCGCGUGAAAGGCGUGGAGUUGACGCACCGGAACUUCAUCGCGGUGAUUGCGGGGUUUAACCACCUAAGAGCGGUGACGGUGGCGGUGGCAGAAGAGGAGUUGCAGCGGGUCUCUCUGUUCACGCUGCCGCUGUUCCACGUGUUCGGGUUCUUCAUGUUGGUCAGGGCCGUGGCCACGGGGGACACGCUAGUGUUUAUGCAGAGAUUCGAUUUCGAAGGAAUGCUGAAGGCCGUGGAGAAGUAUAGAAUCACCAGCAUGCCAGUGUCGCCGCCGCUCAUCGUGGCACUGGCCAAAUCAGAGCUCGUCAAGAAGUACGAUCUCGGCUCGCUCAAAUUUUUGGGAUGCGGCGGCGCGCCGCUUGGCAAGGAGGUCACCGAGGCCUUCGCAACCAAAUUCCCCAAUGUCGAAAUUUCGCAGGUAAGAACAACCUAUUAUAAAGGUUGAAACUCUUAUUUGGUCUCUUAUAAUAUUUUUUAUUUUAAUUUAGUCUUACUUUAAUUUUUUGUUUUAAUUUGGUC